UCCACUUCGCCCGGGUGCCUCUGCCCCAGCGGACCAGCCUCACCGCCUGCGAACCCCGCCGCCCCUGCCACUUCUCCGCCGGGCCCGACCCGAGACGCCGUUCCCUGCGUGCUGGGAGGGACUGCCUGGCCGGCACCCGGGAGAAGGAAGAGGAGAAGGAAAGGAACCCGGUCCCCGCGCCAGGUCCUUCAGCCAGAGCUUUUUCCAUGUGGAGGCUCUUUCAAUGGACGUGUCCCCGCGUGCUUCUUAGACAGUCUGCGGUCUCCUAAAGUUAAAGAAGUCCCUUCUAGAGGGUGGCCCGUGGACUUCACCCGUUAGCUGCCAACCUGUCGACCAUGGUGGCCGGGACCCGCUGUCUUCUAGCGUUGCUGCUUCCCCAGGUCCUCCUGGGCGGCGCGGCCGGCCUCAUUCCCGAGCUGGGCCGGAGGAAGUUCGCGGCGUCUGCUGGCCGCUCCUCAUCCCAGCCUUCGGACGACGUCCUGAGCGAGUUCGAGUUGCGGCUGCUCAGCAUGUUCGGCCUGAAGCAGAGACCCACCCCCAGCAGGGACGCCGUGGUGCCCCCCUACAUGCUGGACUUGUACCGCCUGCACUCGGGCCAGCCCGGGGCGCCCGCCCCGGACCACCGGCUGGAGAGGGCAGCCAGCCUCGCCAACACCGUGCGCAGCUUCCACCACGAAGAAUCUUUGGAAGAACUGCCGGAAAUGAGUGGGAAAACAACCCGGCGAUUCUUCUUUAAUUUAACUUCUAUCCCCACUGAGGAGUUUAUCACCUCAGCAGAACUUCAGGUCUUUCGGAAACAUAUGCCCGAAGCUUUGGAAAACAAUAGCAGUUUCCAUCACCGAAUUAAUAUUUAUGAAAUUAUAAAACCUGCCACAGCUAACUCCAAGUUCCCUGUGACCAGACUUUUGGACACCAGGUUGGUGACUCAGAAUGCCAGUAGGUGGGAGAGCUUCGAUGUCACCCCCGCCGUGAUGAGGUGGACCGCCCAGGGGCUCACCAACCACGGGUUCGUGGUGGAGGUAGCCCACCCAGAGGACAGCUAUGGGGCCUCCAAGAGGCAUGUGCGGAUUAGCAGGUCUUUGCACCAGGAUGAGCACAGCUGGUCACAGAUAAGGCCCUUGCUUGUCACUUUUGGCCACGAUGGGAAAGGACACCCUCUCCACAGAAGAGAAAAGCGGCAAGCAAAACAUAAACAGCGGAAACGCCUCAAGUCCAGCUGUAAGAGACACCCUUUAUAUGUGGACUUCAGUGAUGUGGGGUGGAAUGACUGGAUCGUUGCCCCGCCGGGGUAUCAUGCCUUUUACUGCCACGGGGAGUGCCCUUUUCCCCUGGCCGAUCACCUGAACUCCACGAAUCAUGCCAUUGUCCAAACUCUGGUCAACUCCGUUAACUCUAAGAUUCCCAAGGCCUGCUGUGUCCCAACAGAGCUCAGCGCCAUCUCCAUGCUCUACCUUGAUGAGAACGAGAAGGUGGUGUUAAAGAACUACCAGGACAUGGUUGUCGAGGGUUGUGGGUGUCGUUAGCACAGCAAAAUAAAAUAAAUAUAUAUAUAUAUAUAUAUAUAUAUUUUAGAAAAACAGCAAAAAAAAAAAAAUCAAGUUGACACUUUAAUAUUUCCCAAUGAAGACUUUAUUUAUGGAAUGGAAUGGAGGAAAAAAAAAAAAAAACAGCUAUUUUGAAAAUAUAUUUAUAUCUACGAAAAGAAGUUGGGAAAACAAAUAUUUUAAUCAGAGAAUUAUUCCUUAAAGAUUUUAAAAUGUAUUUAGUUGUACAUUUUAUAUGGGUUCAGCCCCCAGCACAUGAAGUAUAAUGGUCAGAUUUAUUUUGUAUUUAUUUACUAUUAUAACCACUUUUUAGGAAAAAUAGCUAAUUUGUAUUUAUAUGUAAUCAAAGGAAGUAUUGGGUUUGUACAUAAUUUUCCAAAAAUUGUAGUUGUUUUCAGUUGUGUGUAUUUAAGAUGAAAAGUCUACAUGGAAGGUUACUCUGGCAAAGUGCUUAGCACAUUUGCUUUUUUUUUUGCAGUGCUACUGUUAAGGUCACAAGUUCAAGUCCAGGAAAAAAAAAAAAGUGGAUAAUCCACUCUGCUGACUUUCAAGAUUAUUAUAUUAUUCAGUUCUCAGGAAUGUUGCAGAGUGGUUGUCCAGUCCGUGAGAAUUUACAUCCUUAUUAGGUGGAAUAUUUGGAUAAGAACCAGACAUUACUGAUCUAAUAUAGAAACCCUUCCCCUAACCCUUAAUUUGCAGAAAGAGUAAAGCAAGACCAAUAGAAAUAAUUAGGAAAACGAUGAACCUGCAGGAAAGUGAAUGAUGGUUUGUUGUUCUUUCCUAAACUAGUGACCCCUUCAAAGGAGCUGGACUGGCCAAAGUAUUAAAUAAAAUAUAAGAUUUCUUCAUUAUUGA